AUGCGUUACUCAGCAAUCACAUCUGUCCUCGCCGCUGGCCUGGCCAUUGCCCAUCCAGUGGAACAGCGUGAUGUCGCUAUGGACUUCAACCCUCCUCCUGGUGGAGACAUCACCAUCCUGAACUACGCACUCACUCUCGAGUACCUCGAGCGCAAGUUCUACCAAGAGGGUCUCAAGAAAUUCAACCGUGAUGCAUUUGUGGCUGCUGGCUUUGCGGAUCCUUUCUAUGAUAACUUGAAGAUCAUUGCUUCGGAUGAGGAGACUCACGUCUCUUUCCUCGCCGGCGCUCUCGCUGAUAAAGCCGUCCACGAAGCUACCUACUCCUUCCCAUACACCGACGUGAAGUCCUUCCUCGGUCUCUCCUCGGUCCUCGAAGGCGUUGGAGUCUCCGCCUAUCUCGGUGCUGCCCAAGCAAUCGUUGACAAAGGCUACCUCACAGCCGCCGGCUCCAUCCUGACCGUCGAAUCCCGCCACAGCUCCUACAUCCGCUCCGUCCUCAAACAAGUGCCCUUCCCCAAAGCCUUCGACACCCCCCUCGACUUCAACCAAGUCUUCUCCCUCGCCGCGCAAUUCAUCACCGGCUUCGCGCCCGGCGACCCCGCCCUCCCAUUCAAAGCCUUUCCAGCCAUCGCCCUCCAACCCUCUCAGUACCCGUACACAGCCGGCUCCUCACCCAUCACCUUUUCCGGCGCGUACAAGAAGGCUAUCAAGUCUGGACUCAUCACUGAGGGACAGAAGGUUUAUGCGGUGCUGUUUUCGGGACUGGAUACGUAUUAUGUGGAGACGUACCAGACGAGGGGGAAUGCCGGGGAUUUGAAGAUUGAUAGGAUUCCUAAGGGGAAGAAUGGGCAGUUGCCGCCGACGGGUCAGGUGUAUGUUGUGUUGAGUACGGCGGAUGGGGUAAAUAAGAAGGUUAAUGAUGCCAAUACUAUCUCUGGUGUUGGUAUUGUUGAGGUUUUGCCGCCGAGGCAUUAG